CAAAAAAUGUUUUACAUUUUAUUUAAAUUUGUUUAAAACUGUAUAUAUUUUAAAAACAUGUUUAAAACUUGUGGUUGCAUAAAUAUUAUAUCGUAGUCGAUCUAUGAAUAUGGCAUUCGAUGUAUCGUCGAAGGAAACAUGCUUUUGUUUCCUUGAAAAUAAAAAAAUAAUCACAAUUUAUGAAUGAUGUUGAUAUAUGACACAUUUACCAAUGAAUUUAGAAAUAUCCCUAAUUAUAUAUUUACAUAGGCGACAAAAAAGGUUUCCAAAUAAAUAAUGUCAAAUUUUUUGAAAAGUUAAUAUUAGUCUGAGUAUCAAAAAUGAGUUCUUACGAAACUGCUACCGGAUACCAUCCUGUGGGAAAUGGUGCUUUUACUAGAAAUAAUAUUUGGCAUUAUUGCGGAAGAAUGAAGCUUUCUAGGAUAAUAUUUCUACUGAUAGUUUUCUUAUUAAUAGUACCAUUGAUUACACAUUAUUUCCUAUCAAAGGUUGACUCAAAAAAUGCUACUGGAAUUAGUAGAUUUAGCAAAAUUGAAGUCGAUGAAUUUGAUCUUUAUAACACAUUUAAGCCAUCUGACCUGAAACAGAGGAUUGAUGAAAUGUUACGAAUAAAGGGUACUGUAUCUUCAGAAUUACGAGUACUGGAAUCAAGAAAACAACAAUUACAAAUGGAUGUAGUAGAAUAUGGAAAUAAAAUUAAGAUUUUAAAGCAGGAGUUACAAAGGCAGCAGGCAGAGAUGGAAAGACUGAAAAUAUCACUUGAACAAGCUCAGGUGGCGCAACAAGAAGCAGCUUUAAGAAACACUCCACAAUUAAAAUUACCAAAGCCAUUAUUACCAUGGUAUAUACCUGAACCAAUGUCACCACCAAAUAGUCACUCUAUGCCCUGCAAAAUGUUUACAUGUUUUGACCAUUCUCGCUGUUCACUGACGUCCGGUUUACCAGUAUAUCUUUAUGAUCCGGAUACAUACACAGUUGUCUCAAAAGACUAUGACGUUGAUGGAUUUUUGAAAACUACAAUAAAACAAACUUUAGGCUACAAUGCUCAUUUAACUCAAGAACCUAAAGAAGCAUGUUUAUAUUUAGUGUUAGUUGGUGAAGCUUUUAAAAAUCCUUCAGAAUAUGAAAAUAAUUCAAAUAAUCGUACAUAUAAAGAAACAUCAUUAGAUAUUAAUUUGCUAUAUAAAUUACCUUACUGGGGAGCUGAUGGGCGCAAUCAUGUUUUAUUAAAUUUUGCCAGGAGAGAUUUAAGCAUUGGAUCGGGAAAUGUUUUUAAAAAUUUUAACACAGGCCGGGCCAUAAUAGUUCAGUCUACAUUUACUGUGUUGAAAUUCAGACCGAACUUUGAUUUGGUCAUUGCACCACUUCUUGGACCACCAGGAGGUGAUGUUUGGCAAGAAUGUACUCCAAUUGUGCCAGCAAGGAGAAAAUAUUUAUUGAGUUUUCAAGGAGAACUAAAGCCAGUAAAGGCUGAUACACAAACACUAGAUAGUUUCAUUUUAAAACAAUUACAUCAUAUAACUACUGGAACUACAUCAGAUAAAUUUUUGUUUGAAUUUGAAUGCAUUCCUGCAACAGACAAAAAACGGUGGUACCAAUAAGAUUGGUCAUUAUGUGGUACAGAUUCUUCCAGAAGAAAUAUAUUAAAAGACUCAACAUUUGUAUUAAUUUUUGCACCUGGGAAUAUAGAAUAUAUUUCUACAACAUUACUGCAAGCUAGGUUGUAUGAAGCUCUUCGUUCCGGUGCUAUACCUGUGAUACUAGGCGGGGAUCAAAUAACUCUGCCAUUUGCUGAAUUUGUUGACUGGAAAAAAUGUGUACUUUUAGUACCUAAAGUACGGGUUACCGAGUUGCAUUUUCUUUUAAGAGCAAUUCCUGAUGGUGAUUUGCUGUCGAUGAGACGACAGGGGCGAAUGGUUUGGGAGAGAUAUUUUUAAGUUCAAGUAACUGUAGACACUAUAAUAGCUGUUAUAAGAAAUAGAUUAGGGAUUCCAGCCAAGCCCAUUUCGAGUGUACCCAGUGUUAGUGUUUUUAAUUCUAGUUUUACUCCUAUAAAAAUAGCACCAGUGGAAUCUGAUCCUGAAAAUAAGGAAUCUUUAGGACCAAUUGAGCCUCCACAUCCUAGUCCUAGUUAUACAAGAAAUUAUACAGUUAUGUUAACACAAGAAUAUGAAAUGUGGAAUGUUUGGGGCGAUCCAUUCAAUUUAUAUCCACAAAUUCCAUUCGAUCCUGUUUUGCCAUCAGAUGCGAAAUUUAUAGGAUCCAAUUUAGGCUAUCGGCCAAUUGGGAAAGGAGCUGGAGGUGCAGGAAAAGAAUUUUGUGAAUCGCUUGGAGGGAAUCAUCCUCGAGAACAGUUUACCAUAGUAAUCCUCACUUAUGAAAGAGAACAGAUAUUAAUCAGUUCUCUUAAUAGACUGGAUGGCUUGCCUUAUUUGAAUAAAGUAAUUGUGGUAUGGAACAGUCCAAAGCCGCCGCAGGAAGAACUGAGAUGGCCAGAUAUAGGAGUUCCUAUACAUUUUGCAAAAACCACCAAGAACUCCUUGAACAAUCGUUUUCUGCCAUUCGAAGAAAUUGAGACUGAAGCCGUUUUGUCUGUUGAUGAUGAUACUGCGAUCAGACAAGAUGAAAUCAUUUUUGGUUUUCGUGUUUGGAGAGAACACAGAGAUAAAGUUGUUGGUUUUCCUGGAAGAUUUCAUGCAUGGGACUUAAACAAUAAUAACGGUUGGCUAUAUAAUACAAACUAUAGUUGUGAACUGAGCAUGGUUUUAACAGGUGCUGCUUUUGUUCACAAAUAUUAUUUAUUUAUGUAUUGGAAUUGGAUGCCACAAGCAAUUCGAGAUAUGGUGGAUGAGUAUAUGAAUUGUGAAGACAUUGCAAUGAAUUUUCUCGUAUCACAUAUUACUCGAGCACCUCCUGUUAAGGUGACUUCAAGAUGGACAUUCCGUUGCCCUGGAUGUUUAGAUUCAUUGUCUGAUAGUUCUUUGCAUUUUCAAGAAAGACAUAAAUGCAUAAAUUUUUUCACUAAGGUUUUUGGAUAUAUGCCGUUGCUAAAUACGCAAUAUCGUGCCGAUUCUAUUCUAUUUAAGACAAGAAUACCACAUGACAAACAAAAAUGUUUCAAAUUUAUUUAAUUUUUUAUAGACACAUUUUGAGGACUGAAGUUAUGUGAGUAUAUAUACUGCGAAAUGAAUGAAGAAUGGACU